AUGGGUCUAAUUUCAUGUUAUAGUGAAUUAACAGUUCAAGUAUCAGAAAAAUCAUCAUGCAAAAAUUACAAAAAUGUUUCCACAAAUUCAUCCAUUUCCCCAAAUUUACUCCCAUCAAUACAAACAUCCGUUACAAAUUUAUAUAAAACCACACUUUCCACCGGGGCCCACCACAUGAUCACCGUCACAUGGUGUCGUAACGCCGCCGCACAAGGCUUACAAAUAAACUCCGGUGAUGAUCCCAGUACGGCGUUCCGGCUAAACACAAAUUCAGGAUUGUUUCGCAAGAAAAAAGGAAACAAAGCCUUUGAAGUAAAUGGCUCGAAAUUCGAGGUUUUCUAUGAUCUUUCGGCGGCUGUGUACGGAUCCGGAGCAGAACCCGUCGAUGGAUACUAUGUGGUCAUCAUGGUUGACUCCGAAUUGGGCUUGUCUGUCGGAGAUAUGUCGGAUGAAGCUGCGGUCAAGAAAGUCAAAGCCCGGAAAGAUGAUAUUGGUAAAUUUUGUUUAGUUUCUAAAAGAGAGCAUUAUUACGGAAAUACCCUUUACUCAACCAAGGCUCAAUUUUCGGAUGACGGAACUUGGCAUGAUAUAUUGAUUCAAUGUACCAGAGAAAAGGAUGGUGUAAAGAAACCGUGCCCGGGUCCGAACCCGAAUCCGGUUUUAUUGGUCUAUAUAGAUAAACGGGUUGUGGUUCGGGUCAAGAGGCUCCAAUGGAAUUUUAGAGGGAACCAAACAAUUUUUGUUGAUGGGUUGUCGGUGGAUCUAAUGUGGGAUGUUCAUGAUUGGUUUUUUAAACCCGGGUCGGAAUUGGGUUCUGGUAAUGGGCUGAGUUCCGGGUCGGGUCAUGCUGUUUUUAUGUUCAGAACAAGAAGUGGGUUUGAUAGUAGGUUAUGGUUGGAAGAUGAUGAAAAAGUGAAGAUGAAAGAUGAGAAGAAGGAAUUCUCUUUGUUAAUUUAUGCAACCAAGAGUUAA